GAUGGAGAUGAUGAAGAAGAGGAAGAGGAUGAUGCUUCAUCACAGGCAUCCACCGUUAAUUAUACUGAAGGGGAGACCGUCCAAGUCAGCUUUUAUCAGCCAAGAAAACUCUUCAAAACUGAUGAUGAGGACGAUGCAGGUCUGGAUGAAGUGGUCUCCUCCACUGACUCUCUGCCCAUGGAUGGCAAUAACAGUCUUCAGGCAAUCCCAGCUGUCAUAAAAUCUUUUGGAGCCGAGUUCCAGAAGAAAUAUUCUUCACGAAAGGAAAAAUUAGACCAGUUCUCAAAGAAUACUCUCAAAUCUGCACACAAGCAAGUUGACAAAUUCUGGAACCAUCAGCAAACAUCUCGACAAAGAAUGCUUGAUAGCUUCACUGAAGGAAUCUUACUGGAGCUCACUGAGCUGGAGAAGGACAUUGAUAAUCUCAAACAUGCGGAGAAUAAGUCUGUGGAAUUCUUGAAGUCGCAUUUGAAUACUCUUCAGACUUGCAGACUUUCUCAGGAGCAAAGAAUAAAAAAUCUCAAGAGAAAGCACCUCAACUUUGAUGGUGAGCAGAGACAAUUAGAGAAUAACCAAGCAGACCAACAGCAGAACGUCCGAGAGAUUCUGCGUAAAGAGCUACAAACUAUGCAGAAGAAGAUCUUGAUGCAAUCACAAAAGGAAGAGAUGAUGAAUGUAAGGCGUACACUGCAGAUGAUGUUCCAGUAAUUCCAGGGUUCAAGAUUUCGAGAUUUAGUUGUCUG